AUGAGAAACACAAUAAUAUGCACCGUCCGCUCAUUUGCCUCGUCGAGUAGCCUAUCGAGAGGCCAGAAUUUGACGGAAAAGAUAGUACAGAGAUAUGCGGUUGGACUUCCUCAGGGCAAGAAGGUCUUCAGCGGUGACUAUGUUUCUAUCAAGCCUGCCCAUUGCAUGUCUCACGACAAUUCGUGGCCUGUCGCCACCAAGUUCAUGGGUCUUGGUGCUACCAAGGUUAAGGAUAACCGCCAGAUCGUGUGCACUUUGGAUCACGAUGUUCAGAAUAAGUCAGACAAGAACUUGGAGAAGUACACCAACAUCGAGAAGUUUGCCAAGGAGCAGGGCAUAGACUUCUACCCAGCAGGCAGAGGUAUUGGUCACCAGAUCAUGAUUGAGGAGGGAUAUGCUUUUCCUUUGAAUUUGUGUGUCGCUUCGGAUUCUCACUCCAACACUUACGGUGGUGUGGGUUCUUUGGGUACGCCUAUUGUGAGAACCGAUGCUGCUUCUAUUUGGGCAACUGGCAUGACAUGGUGGCAGGUUCCUCCUGUGGCUAAGGUUGAGCUUGUCGGGGAGUUGCCUAAAGGUGUUACCGGUAAGGACGUUAUUGUCGCUCUUUGUGGUUUGUUCAACAAUGAUGAAGUCUUGAACCAUGCUAUUGAGUUUGUGGGCGAUGGCUGUGCCAAAUUGCCUGUGGACUACAGAUUGACCAUUGCCAACAUGACCACCGAAUGGGGUGCUCUUUCCGGUUUGUUUCCUGUGGAUGAUACUUUGGUGAACUUUUACAAGGACAGAAUCAACAAGUUGCCCCAGCCUCACCCCGAUGCUUCUGACUCCGAUGCUGUUUACGCUAAGCACUUGGUCGUUGACUUAUCCUCGCUUUCUCCAUACAUUUCGGGCCCUAACAGUGUGAAGGUGUCCAACUCCCUUCACGACUUGGCUUCACAGAACAUUCCUAUCAACAAGGCUUACUUGGUUUCCUGUACCAACUCUCGUUUGAGUGACAUCAAGGCCGCUGCUGACAUUAUUAGAGGUAAGAAGGUUGCCGAUGGUGUUGAAUUCUACGUUGCUGCUGCUUCUUCCAAUGUCCAGAAGGAUGCUGAGGCUAUUGGUGCUUGGAGUGACAUCAUUGAGGCUGGCGCCAAGCCACUUCCAGCCGGCUGUGGUCCUUGUAUUGGACUUGGUACUGGUUUGUUGAAGGAUGGUGAAGUGGGUAUUUCUGCCACCAACAGAAACUUUAAGGGCCGUAUGGGCUCCAAGGACGCAUUGGCCUACUUGGCCUCCCCUGAGGUUGUCGCCGCUUCUGCUGUUCUUGGUAGAAUCGGUGGUCCCGAAGAGUUGGACGGUAAGCCUGUGGAAAACGCAUCCAAGGUGCUCAAGUCGUUGACAAUCACUGAAGCCACUGCUGAUGCUGCUGAUGCUAGCGCUGCUGUCGAAGUCUUGGACGGUUUCCCUAAGGCUAUCGAAGGUGAGUUGAUCUUGUGUGACGCUGACAACAUCAACACUGACGGUAUCUACCCUGGUAAGUACACCUACCAGGACGACAUCAGCAAGGAGAUGAUGGCCGAGGUUUGCAUGGAGAACUAUGACCCUGAGUUCAAGAGCAAGACCACCUCCAGCGAUAUCAUCAUUUCAGGCUACAACUUCGGUACCGGUUCGUCUAGAGAGCAGGCUGCUACUGCCAUUUUGGCCAGAGGCAUGAAGAUGGUUGUUGCUGGCUCGUUUGGUAACAUUUUCUCCAGAAACUCCAUCAACAAUGCUUUGUUGACGCUCGAAAUUCCAGCUUUGAUCAACAAGUUGAGAGAGAGGUACGAGGGCGCCACUGAAUUGACCAUCCGUACUGGCUGGUUCUUGAAGUGGGACGUUACCAAGGCCUUUGUGACCGUGACUGAUUCCAACGGGAACGUUGUGCUUGAGCAGAAGGUCGGUGAACUAGGCACCAAUUUGCAAGAUAUCAUUGUGAAGGGUGGCCUUGAAGGCUGGGUCAGAGCCGAGCUCUCGUCAUAG